AUGGAGAGUGAAGACGAGGCCUGCUUCCCUUCCUGGCUCGCAGGGAUCCCCGGUGUGAAAGAACAAGCCACCAGCGUGUGCGAGGGCUCCUACAGCUACGCUUCUGUUCAGAUGAGAAAGAAGUUGGUGCUGCCAAAGCCACAGGACAGUGUGGUGUGUGGGUGCAAUUUGCAGCAGCAAACUGUCAUGGUCAAAGCAUGCUUGCUACUCUCGCCUCGUCACAGGUGUGGACACUGCCAGCGGCUGCAGCCAACUUGGAAUGACCUGGGGGACAAAUACAACAGCGUGGAGGAUGCCAAGGUCUACGUGGCUAAAGUGGACUGCACGGCCAACUCAGAGGUGUGCUCAGCCCAGGGGGUGCGAGGAUACCCCACCUUAAAGUUUUUCAAGCCUGGCCAAGAAGCUGUGAAGUACCAAGGUCCUCGGGACUUCGAGACUCUGGAAACCUGGAUGCUGCAGACGCUUAACGAGGAGCCCCCCACGCCAGAGCCAGAAGUAGAGCCGCCCAGAGCCCCCGAGCUCAGGCAGGGGCUAUAUGAGCUCUCGGCGAGCAACUUUGAGCUGCACGUGGCACAAGGCGACCACUUUAUCAAGUUCUUUGCUCCGUGGUGUGGUCACUGCAAAGCUCUGGCUCCAACCUGGGAGCAGCUGGCUCUGGGCCUUGAACAUUCCGAAACUGUCAAGAUUGGCAAGGUUGAUUGUACACAGCACUAUGAACUCUGCUCGGGAAACCAGGUUCGUGGCUAUCCUACUCUUCUCUGGUUCCGAGAUGGCAAAAAGGUUGACCAGUACAAGGGAAAGCGGGACUUGGAGUCACUGAGGGAAUACGUGGAGUUGCAGCUGCAGAGUGCAGAGACGGGAGCCCCGGAGACUGUGCAGCCCUCAGAGGCCCCGGGGCCAGCUGCCGAGCCCCCAGCUGACAAGGGCAUGGUGCUGGCACUCACUGAAAAUAACUUUGAUGACACCAUUGCAGAAGGAAUAACCUUCGUCAAGUUUUACGCUCCGUGGUGUGGUCAUUGUAAGAAUCUGGCUCCUACUUGGGAGGAACUCUCUAAAAAGGAAUUCCCUGGUUUGGCAGAGGUCAAGAUCGCCGAAGUAGACUGUACUGCUGAGCGGAGUAUUUGCAGCAAGUACUCGGUACGAGGCUAUCCCACACUGUUGCUUUUCCGAGGAGGGAAAAAAGCCAGUGAGCACAGCGGCGGUAGAGACCUGGAAUCCUUACGUCAGUUUGUCCUGCGCCAGGCGAAAGACGAACUCUAGAAAUGCAGUUGGAUGUCACCUCUCCUUCCUGGCCUCUUCCAUGCAGCGAACAGAAGUUAAGUCAUUCGGACAUCACUGAGUUUCAUAUGAUGAUUAUUCAGAAAGCCGAAUGUACUAAACUUGUGGUAUCUUCUUUGUGUGUGUGUUUUUUAAACCAACACACUCUAAGGAUUCUUUAUUAAGUUUCUCUAAGUAAAUGUGUAACUCGUGGUCACUGUGCAAACUAAAUAUUUUCAGUGGCGAUACAUCCCCUUUAACCUUGAUGAAAUUUCAGUGGUUUCCUUUGAGACCAAAAUAGAGUUGAGGAAAAUCAAAUUGCUGGGCUAUUUUUGGCCCCUGAGGGAUUCUUGUGAAGGCAUCAUCCAAAGCCUGGUUUCUUAACUGCCCACGAGUUCUGGAAAUGUGGCCUUGUGGCAGUGUUGAUGUUCCACUGAUCUGAAGGUCACAAUUGACUUAAUAAUGUGGUUGGUCCAUAGCUUGGAGCAGAUUUAAAAAUGAAAAAAACCACACCUCUGGAAGAUGCCUUUACGGCCAUAACGAUUUUAAUCUCUCAUCGUGCGAGGCUAGCCAUAAUGAAAGCGAUGCUACUUUUGACAUGUGCCUGAGUAAGAUAAUGCCCAUGCCAUGAUUUUACAUGUGUUACUACUUGUCAAAUCAGUUAUUGUUCAAGGGAUACACCUGUUUGUUUCUCAUGGGAUUUCAUUAGUUCGUUUUGUUAACACAAAGCCAGAGUCCAUGUGAACUUUAAGAUUUGAUGUCUUCCGUAGAAUGUGUGGUCAUGGCAAGUUCCACGAGCUCAUCCUCACUAUUCUAUUAACUCAUAGAGUCUCAUAUUUGCCACCUGGGGUGACAGAAACAGAUGGGCUCUCCCAGGCCUGUGUAUCCAGGGGUCCUAACUAGGAACUGUUUCUAAUUCUGCUCCUAACUAGUCCUUUUAGAGUUCUGCUGUAUUUUAUCCACCUUCAAGGAAGUUGACCUUCUCAUGUAAGAAGAGUGGGAUUCAUUUGACCUCAAGACCAAAGACUGAUGUUGGGGGCUGCUUUGGCCCCGGUGCGCAUGGCCAGCCAGGUCAGCCAUCGAUGUUAGCAUCCUUCCAACUCAUGCCGUCCUGGUUGUAAACACCUUUACUAUCACCCGUGUAAAUAAGCAACUGCAGGACUAAGUUCCCUCAAGAUAAGUAUCCGUCUGUUCUUCACCAUCAAGUCACUCCUCACAACACUCACCACUUUGUAUCAACACCCUUCACCCACCUCCCAUGCACAGGGUGAUGUCGACUCUUGGCUCAAAGCAGUCGGUGAGAGGAACCUUAGGAACGGGACCCCUUAUGCUGUUUGAGGCAGAAGACAACAGAGCAGCAUCUUGACCAGCCUCUGCCUCAAAGGGAAUCUUUAUUAAUCACAUGUGAUUCACAGAUAUUCUUUAAAAAAAAAAAACCCAACUUUCUAGAGAAGCCCAACCACGUGAGUGGCUUCAGCUUCGCAUCAUGAGUCUUGUAUUCAAAGAAAAUCAAAGUGGUACAAUUUGUUUACACUAUGAUACUUUCUAAAUAAACUUUUUU